AUGGCUGCGAAAAACUACUUCAUCCUCAUGAAACUGAUCCUAAUUUUUUCCCUACUUGUUUCUGCAGUCAAGGGUAUCUAUGACUGCCAUGAAACCGCGGUGACUCCCUUGGAUGAUACUGAACUUAUUCGGCGAUCCAUCGAGCAAUUACAAUUAACCUGUAAGGCCGCCGAUGCUUGUACCGCUUGCAAAUCAAGGCUUUCUAUUGGCAAGGUUCUUUCACUGACCCGGCCCGAUAUUGUUCCCUAUGUGUUCAAGCGGUGGUGUACCGAAGCUAUGCAUGAUGCUGGGCAAUGUGAGAUGAAUUUCAGUCCCUUUUCUGCCGACAAAUCUACCCUUGGUUCAGACUUCAUUUUGAUGCUUCAAUCAAUGAGUCCUGAAGGAUUGGAUGGAGAUUAUUUUUGUUAUUACCAUGAAUCCAAAUGCCUCGAAAGGCCAGAAAACCCCGGAAAUCAAUCUUGA